AUGGGAAGAGAAAACAUGAGUUUUCCCAACACUUUUGUCCUGCUGGGCUUCUCGGAAUUUCCAUGGCUGGAGAGGCCCCUCUUUGCAGUGGUGCUGGUCUCCUACAUCUUCACCCUGGUGGGGAACAGCUCCAUCAUCCUCCUCUCCCUGGUGGACCCCAGACUCCAGACACCCAUGUACUUCUUCCUGGACAACCUCUCUCUGCUGGACCUCAGUAUAACCUGUGCCAUUGUACCCCAGCUGCUGACCAACCUCUGGGGACCAGACAAGACCAUUACUACUUUCAGAUGUAUCACACAGAUCUUUGUUUUCUGCUGGACAAUCUCCAGUGAAUGUGCUCUGCUGUCCAUGAUGGCCAUCGAUCGCUAUGUGGCCAUCUGCCGGCCCCUCCAGUACACUCUCAUCAUGCAUGCUUGUAUGUGUCUGAAGAUGGCAGCAGUAUGCUGGUCCAGUGGACUCCUAAACUCUCUGCUUCAAACCACACUCACCCUCAAUCUCCCUCUCUGUGGACAGAACACCCUGGACCACUUCUUCUGUGAUGUUCCUCUUCUGAUCAAGCUGGCCUGUGGGGACACCACUGCUAAUGAGCUGGCCCUCAUAUCAAUGUCCAUCCCAUUUGGAAUGCUGGCUCCCUUGAUGAUGGUCAUCUCCUACACCCUUAUUGCUAGGGCUGUACUGAAGUUACCUUCAACUGAAGGCAGGCACAAGGCACUCAGCACCUGCAGUUCCCACUUGCUGGUGGUCACCAUGUACUUUGGGCCAGGCAUGUACUUUUACCUCAAGCCUUCAGUCAAGAGUUACCAGGCCAAGUUCAUGUCCUUCUUCUACUGUGUUAUCACCCCACUGCUCAACCCACUCAUCUACACCCUGCGAAAUAAGGAUGUGAAGAUGGCAUGGAAGAGGAUCCUACAAAGGCAGGUCAGGGUGAAUUCUUUAAAAGCCCAAUCUCUGCCUGUCUCCUGA